AUGGAAGGAGCAAACAAGUUUCAACAUUCCUAUGGCCGACCAUCAAUAUCACAACAUGAACCUGUCCACUAUCGUCAACCCAAACGAACGAGUUACCGAUGGUGUAUUGUCCUUGGAGUUCUCGUCCUGCUAAUCGCAGCUGGCAUCGGUGCCUAUUUUGGCAUAACACAAGCAAUGAAAUCCUCAUCAUCCUCUUCAAACUCAACAUCAUCUGGCUCUGGCAGCGCUGCAUCACCAACACCAUUCAGUCCCGUCGCAUUCAAUGCGUCAACAUACAAGCCGACACACACACUAAAGAAUUACAAUCUCGUGGACGGGAAGGCGUUUUAUGGGUUUGGGGUUGCGCUUGCGUGGUGGGCACGAAACCUCGGCACAAACUACUGGAACACGACCACAUUCGACCACGUCCUCGACCUGCUAUUUGACAUCAACAAGGGGCUAGGACUCACCAUCGUGCGCUACAAUAUCGGCGGAACCGUAACAGCCGGGUCGUGCAAUUUCGCAUAUAUGAGAGACAUGCCUGCCGUGCAGACAUCGGCUUCAGCGGCGUUGAAUAUGGAGCAGGACUAUGCGCAAAAGAGGACUUUUUUGGGUGCGAUGGCUAGAGGGGUGCAGACUGUGGAAAUGUUUUCGAGUUCGCCUCCGCAGUGGUUGACAAAGAAUGGGAACACGUGUGGCAACUGGGGAGGUGGAAGCAAUCUGGAUUCGUCAAACUACCAAGCAUUUGCAAAUUACUUGACCCAAGUUGUGGUUUAUUACAGAGACAAUUACAACAUUAACGUGUUUUCCGUCUCGCCGUUCUCGGAGCCGAAUGCGUAUUGGUGGCAACCCGGGUCUACUGCACAGGAGGGAUGCCAUUUCGAACCAUCCGAAGCAGCAGCGUUCGCAUCAGUGCUAGCCAGCACCCUUAAAGCAGCUAAUCUGAACACAUUGGUUGCUGGUACUGAUGAGGUUGAUUAUGCGGUUGGAGCAUCAGUGCUGUCGAGUAUUGGGUCUAAUUCUGGUGGGAUAUCGAAGGUUGGAGUCCAUGGGUACUAUGAUCCAGGGGCUUCGGCAAGACAAAACUUCAAGGCUGCUGCGAAUGCGAUGGGAAAGACGAUUAUUUGGAUGACGGAGCUGGGGACUGCUGGCCAGGAUAUGUACGACAAUCAAGACUAUACUGUGAGAACUCUGGGAGGAAUUGGGCUUGCUAGAAACAUCAUAAGUGAUAUUGUGUACACAGGAGCUACUGGAUGGUUGUAUUGGCAGGCUGUUGAUGGUGGGACGUGGGGAUUGCUUUCAUCUGCGAAUGGCGAUCCAGGAAACUUCUUCUUGGGGAAACAAUAUUAUACAUUCAUGCAGUUCUCGAAAUGGCUGAGGCCUGGAAUGGAUAUUAUUGCACUCGACCAGUCAGACCCACCGUCAUUCCUAGUCGCCAGAAACACAGCAGCUCACCAAAUGGUCAUCGUCCUCAAAAACCAAGACUUUAACCAAAACUCGUAUGCUCUCGACAUUUCCGCAUACGCGCUUGGUAUAAACAGCACAUCUCGAACAUCGAAUGUAACGAUGGCAGUGUACAGGACGAGUGAUUCGGAGAAUCAUGCUAGUGUGGCAUUAGAUUCCAACAAUUUUGGAUAUGGAGCUAAUUCGGUCGUGCUGAUUGCUAAUGUGCCGCAGGUUUCUGUUACGACUGUGGUGUUGAGUGGGCUGACUUGGAGCGUGUGA